UCUCAUGGGCCGACAUGUCGUCUACCUUCAGAUUCUUUCAUAUUGGCCGAUAAUCGCCCGUCGACAGAAAACUUGGAAUCAUCAGCCCUGACUCUAUCUUGACGGAAUAAUUCCCAUUUUCUGAGGUUUUUCAAUUCACUUCGAUUCCAUUGAUCUUGAGAACGCAUCGAAUUCUUUGAUUUCCCAAAAUUUCUGUUAGUCUAACGGAGGGAUGGAGAAAAUGAUUAGCAUGUUGAAGCCCAAGCCAAAUCCGCAGCAGCAGCUGCGGGAAUGGCAGCGAAAGCUCCGACAAGAGUGCCGCAACGUCGAACGUCAAAUUCGAGAUAUACAGAGAGAGGAGAAAAAUGUUCAGAAAGCUAUUAAGGAAGCUGCUAAGAGGAAUGAUAUGGUCUCUGCAAAGGCACUUGCCAUAGAAAUUGUGAGGUCUAAAAAGACUGUGAACCGUCUUCAUGAAAAUAAGGCGCAGCUUAACUCGAUAUCCAUGCACCUUGGCGAAAGUGUUGCCAUUGCGAGAACGGUGGGGCAUCUUUCCAAGAGUGCUGAAGUUAUGAAGCUUGUUAAUAACCUGAUGAAGGCGCCAGAAAUGGCAACUACAAUGCAAGAGUUUAGCAAGGAGAUGACCAAGGCUGGGGUGAUCGAGGAAAUCGUGAAUGAUGCAGUGGAUUCAGCACUAGAUUCUGAGGAUAUAGAAGAGGAGAUUGAAGAGGAAGUCGACAAAGUUUUGUCAGCCCUUGCUGGCGAGACUGCUGCACAGCUUCCAGAAGCAGUCAGGAAGGAAAAGAUGAAGCAACCAGCUCGUGCCGAAGUCCAGGAAGAGGAAGAAGCAAUUGCUGAGGGUGUUGACGAUGAGGAAGAACUAGAAGAAAUAAGGGCUCGGCUUGCAAAAGUUAGAUCAUAAAUUUGAUAUUUCACAUAAGAAUUUCAAAACAGUCAUAACUCGAUUCGAGCCACAACAUUACUUCCCUGGUAUUUUAUGAGAGAGAAAAUGAGCGACAUAUUGAACUUUCUCUUGUGCAUGUAUGUUUGAUCAAAAUUCAUAAACCGAGAGUAUAUUUGUCAAAUAGAUAGGAAGAGGGACGAGAUGAAGGUGGAGAUGGAGAUGGAGACUAACCGUUUGAUGUAUAUUAUAUCUAAUCUGCUCAACAGAAUGCAAAUGAUGCAUUGUUCUAUCUUCUUAUAUCUGUAUGAAUGCAUUAUGUUUCUUUCUAUA